AUGUCACAAACUAGAUUGCAUAAUCCAAGAGUAUCAAGACAAUGUUCUAAUUGUACUUGCUCACCAGGUUUAUUAUCAAGAUCAAAUAGAAAAUCAGCUUUAUUUGCUAAAAAGAUUAAUUUACAAAGAUUUAAUUCUGGUUCAAAUAUUCAUAGUGGAGACUCAUCAAGAAAAGGUUCAGUUUUUACAUUAAAUCCUUCUUUAUGUUUACCAGAAACUAAAGAAAUUAAUACAAGUAAAAGAUUAAAAAGUUUAAGAAAAAAAAUGAAUGAAUACGAUUUAGGUAUUUAUAUUGUUCCAAGUGAAGAUCAACAUCAAUCAGAAUAUGUUUCACCAAUCGAUCAAAAAAGAGAAUUUAUUAGUGGUUUUUCUGGUAGUGCUGGUGUUGCUAUUAUAACAAGAGAAUUAAAUAAUAUUCAAGAUGAUUCUGGUACGGCUGCUUUAUCUACUGAUGGUAGAUAUUUUACUCAAGCUAUUAAUGAAUUAGAUUUCAAUUGGAUUUUAUUAAAACAAGGUGCUAAAGAUGAACCAACAUGGGAAGAAUGGACUAUAAAUCAAGCUGUUCAAUUAAGUUUAGAUUCUGGUAAAACUGUUAAUAUUGGUGUUGAUCCAAAAGUUUUAAGUUUUACAUUAUAUCAAGAAUUUCAAAAUAUAAUUGAAAAAAGUAAAACAACACAUCCAAAGGCAAAAAUGGAAUUAAAACCAAUUACUGAAAAUUUGAUUGAUUCAAUUUGGGAAAAAUUUGAAACUUUACCACCUUCAUCAUUGGGAGAAAUUAAAAAGUUAGAUAUAAGUUUUACUGGUAAAACUAUUAAAGAAAAAUUAGGAGAAGUUGGUGAAAAAAUAUAUGAAAAGGAUUCAAAUGUUGAAGGUUUGGUAGUUACUUCAUUAGAUCAAAUUGCUUGGUUAUUAAAUUUAAGAGGGUCAGAUAUUGAAUUUAAUCCAGUAUUCUACAGUUUUAUGAUACUUUCAAAGAAUAAGAAUAUUCUAUUUAUUGGUGAUAAUAGGUUAUCUGAUUCAAUUGUUAAAGAAUUGGAAGAUAAUGGCAUUAGUAUAGAAAAUUAUUCAAAUUUUUACAGCCAUUUAUCAACCAUUUCUAAACAAUUUUCAUCAAAUGAUAAAAAAUUUUUAAUUUCAGAUAAUACUAAUUGGGAAGUUGUUCGAAAUUUAAAUUGUCAAUAUGAUAAAAAAUUAUCACCAAUUGAAUUAUUAAAAUCCGAAAAAAAUGCAGUUGAAUUAGAAGGUGCAAAAUUAGCACAUUUAAAAGAUGGUAAAGCAUUAAUUAAAUUUUUUGCAUGGUUAGAAGAAGAAUUAAUUAAUAAACAAGAAUUAAUUGAUGAAGUUAAAGCUGACGAUAAAUUAACUGAAUUUAGAAAACAAGAAGAUAAUUUUGUUGGUCUUUCAUUUGAUACAAUAAGUGCAAGUGGUGGAAAUGGUGCAAUUAUACAUUAUAAACCUACUAAAACUGCAUGUUCAGUUAUAAACCCCACCAAAAUAUAUCUUAAUGAUUCAGGUUCACAAUUUUUAGAAGGUACAACUGAUACAACAAGAACAGUACAUUUAGAUAAACCUACAAAAGAAGAAAUUAAAAAUUAUACCCUUGUGCUAAAAGGUAAUAUUGCAUUAGCAACUUUAAAAUUUCCAGAAGGUACUACUGGUAAUUCAAUUGAUUCAAUUGCAAGACAAUUUUUAUGGUCUUAUGGAUUAGAUUAUGGUCAUGGUACAGGUCAUGGAGUUGGUGCAUAUUUAAAUGUUCAUGAAGGUCCAAUGGGAAUAAGUCCAAGACCAAAUUCUGCAAUUAAUCCAUUAAAAAUUGGUAAUUUAUUAUCUAAUGAACCUGGUUAUUAUGAAGAAGGUAAAUAUGGUAUUAGAAUUGAAAAUGUUAUGUUUGUUAAACCAAGUAAUUAUACAUAUAAUGGUAAACAAUUUUUAGAAUUUGAAACAAUUACAAAAGUACCAUUUUGUAAAAAAUUAAUAAAUGUAAAUUUAUUAACUGAUUUAGAAAUUGAAUGGAUUAAUAAUUAUCAUAAAUCAAUUUGGAAUGAUUUUUCACAUACUUUUGAUAAAAAUAGUUUUACUUAUAAAUGGUUAAAAAGAGAAACUGAUCCAUUACAUAAAUAA